GGCCCGGUAAUCAGGUGCACUAAGGUUCGCUAAAUGGCUUGUGCUCCUUUCGUUGCCUUCCGCCAUGGGCCUUUUGGGUUUAUUCUGGCUUGGCAGUCAAAGGACUUUGGGGAAGGCGUCCUUGGAAGAUUUGGAAAUCACUGACCUGUGGAGACCUCCGGGACUCCUAGAGAGGACCCGGAAACGCCCUGGGGGUGGGGGUGGGAGAAGCCGAUGACGUAUGAUCAGUUCCUGUCUGUGAGAGUCUGGCGUUCCUCAGGCCCUGACCUGCAUUCUCCCUCUUCCUGCCGAUGUUUACUCUAGAGUUCUCGAUAAGGAGAUGCCUUACUGUGAAAAUUAAGCUAAGUCUUUGGGACAUGGUUUAAAAAAAUCUAGCAAGUGAAACAUGCAAUAAAAAACUGAAAUCAAGAGAAGAAACUUAUACCAUAUUCCAUGAUGGUGGUGACCAUUUUCACAGAUCCUAAGAGAAAACAGAAAAUAACUGGUUAUCCUUAUCCAUCUUUGAUUACAAGGAAAAUGGAAAAACUCAGGAGAGCAAGACUGAAACUACAAUUUUGUUGAAACUUUUAGGGGACAGAAUUCCUUAUAAAAGGCCAGAUAUUAUUGAAUCAUUUCAUUCAGAAGAUCUAUAGCAUGAAAUUUCUACAGUAGGAUCCAUGAACAUCAACGAAAUACCUAGAAAUAACUAUACUUAUGUUUCUGGAAAUAGUAAAGAAAUUAGAAUGGAAAGAAAUCACAAGGUAGCUAUCCCAGUUAGUGGAGAGGAAGUGGAAUAUAGCACAAGUAAAGCAUUCAUAGGACCCAUUUACAAAAGUCCUGAGGAAAAUGAACGAGAUGAAAGAAAACAUCACACAGAAAAAGUCACUGGUGGACUAGAAAACAAACAGAACCCUUCUAAUAAACUGGAUAUAGACAAUGAGUUAUCUCAGUUUUAUAAAGAAAUUCAGGAACUUGAGAGUGAAAAAGAAGAUUUGGAAGGUAAUUGUCAGGAAUUUAAACCUCAGGAACAAUUUAGUUUAUAUUAUCAAGGUCAUUCCAAUGACAAUUUAAAAUCUGAUGAAGAAAAGGAAGAUACUUGGUUUAGUACUAUACAUUCACUCCCAGGUGAUGAGCAAUAUUUUAGUAAUGAGCCAGUUGGUUGGAACACUGAAUAUGCAGUUAAUGGACAAAUGGAACCUAUGUUUUUUAACAACCCAAUUCCUACCUUUAGGCCCGAAUGGCAACCAGUGGAAUCCUCUUUAGUUCCUCAUGGCCUUUUUCCUUCUGGAUUCAAUUAUCAUUUAAAUGUUCAAAGAUUUAAUCCCUCUCCAUCUCCACCACCAAAUGUUUUUCAUGGUCAAGAUGUUAAAUUAUGUGAAAUGUACAAUGGAUAUAAUGUAACCAGUGUUAACACAAAUUGGAAUUGUCCAACAUUUGAUCAGACUAACAGAUAUUCUGAUUGUGAUGGGAGGAACAGUAGCAUACAGCCCUUUAGAAAUGGCCGCAAUGAACAAGAUGGACAAGAAAGUAAUGGUUUUUAUGAAACAAGAGAAGAAUCUUGGGAAGACCCUUCUUUAUUUCAGAUGGAGAAAACAGACAGGCUUAUGAACCAGCAAUUCCAAGAAGAAAAGCUCAAGAGGCUACUUAUUCUUUUAAGAGGUCUGCCUGGCUCAGGGAAAACAACACUGUCUCGUGUUCUGCUCGGUCAGAAUCGUGGUGGCAUCGUCUUCAGCACUGAUGAUUAUUUUCGGCAUCGAAAUGGGUACUCAUAUAAUGUUAGACAACUUGGUGAUGCCCAUGACUGGAACCAAAGCAGAGCAAAGAAAGCUAUUGAUCAGGGAAGAUCUCCAGUUAUAAUAGAUAACACUAAUACCCAAGCUUGGGAAAUGAAACCUUAUGUGGAAAUGGCUAUAGGCAAAGGAUACCGUGUAGAGUUUCACGAACCUGAAACAUGGUGGAAAUUUGAUCCUGAGGAAUUAGAAAAGAGGAAUAAACAUGGGGUAUCUCGUGAAAAGAUUGCACAGAUGUUGGAUCAUUACGAAUAUAAAAUGUCCAUCUCUAUUGUAAUGAAUUCAGUGGAACCUCCACAUAGAAGGUCUGAGAGACUUCGAAGACAGAGAGAAGAAAAAUUGAAGAAACCUAGCAGAGCAAGUCAGAGAAGAAAUAGAAGAAGAAAUAGGAAACUGAAGAAUAGUAAUGCUAAAUCUAUGAAGAAAGAAUCAUAUGGAACCCUAAGUUAUCCUGUGCCAGAGGAUGAAGGCACAUCUGAAAGUGAAGAGCAUUACUCAGAAGAAGAGAAUAAUGGAAAUUUAGUCUCCAUGUCCAUUGGAGAUCUGGGAUGUACAUCAGCAGAUUCUGUAAAUAGACACAGUAAGGAAGGUAGUAAAAGCAUAAAAUUUGAGCUUGGAAAAGAAAAUAUUUCUAAUGCUCAAUCUGUCACAUCUGUAACUUGGGAAAAUCCACCAACGUGUGACUCAACUGCAGAAAGUAACAAUUUGUAUCAAUUAAGUUUGACAUCCAUUCCCCAUGAAAAUGCACUUGGACACAUGUAUAAUCAUCAGACAACAGUUCAAAACUUUAUAGAAAAACAAAAUAAUUCCUAUGUACCAGGUAUCAGAUGCUCUGAAGUGAAGGCUGAUAGUCAUGUUGAACCAAGUCAUUCUGUGGUGUUCGGCAUUAAGGAUAGAAUUGUGUCUGCUAAAGCCACUUGUGUUCUCACAGAGGAGGAUAGCAUGUCAGCUGAAAAACUCAGUGAUAAAGAAAUGCUGCCUAAUCAAUGCAGAUUUAACUCUUCAUAUGAAAAUUUAAAAUACGGGCACAGAGCAAAUAGGAAUCAAACAAAUUGUUGGGCUUUUUUCUCAGCUACAUUAUCUGAUGAAAAACUGGAGUGGGAUUUGGACACACAGCCUUCUUUUACUGGUUGGCCUGAGGGGCCUCAUAAUUUUAUAAACCCACAGAGACAAAAGAAAUCUAGGUGUUCCAGACAGACUUGUCCUGAUGGCCCUAGAGAACUGAUAAGACUUGUCUACACAGAUAAAGGCACAGACCCAGGAAACCAUCUGCAAGCACUGAUGGAGGAGAAUGCUGAUGCAUUAAGAAAUGAGGAGCUGGCAUCUUCUCCAAAUAAACUUAUAGACCUAAUUCCAUUCAUGGAGACAGAAACUAAUGUCCUUAGAAGCAACUUGCCUGAAAUAUGUGUCCAAAGGAAAACAUCAGCCAUAAUUACUAAGAAGGGAAGACCCAGACGGAUUUUUAAUUUGGCUCCAAACUUUCACCUGCCAAGACAAGCUGUGGUUAGUGUAGAAGAAAAGAGGGAUGCUCUGAUAACAGAUAGUCAAACAUUUAAAAACAUUUUGGUUGUAGAAAAUGACAGAAGUCCAGAAGUGAAUCAUGAAGAGAAGAAUAAGCCAGAAGACAUGACUGUCCAAUGUAAUCUAUCACUAGGUUAUCCCAUAGAUCUUCCAUCCAACUCUGGAGGAGAACUGCAGUCUCAUGAUGUAUCAUUCAGUCAGCUGAGAAAGUCUUUGUGUCUCCCUAAAAGGGCUGUUCUAAAGUUUUUGUUUACAAGUGAGAAAAGAAUUUUAAUGUUUAAAUCACAAACAGUGGGAAAUAGGCUGAAUGAGGUAGAACUAAUUUCUUCAGAAAUUUCAAAUCAUAAGCCCAAAAUUUUAUUACCUGCUAAAAUUUCUUCAGAGCAUCCUAGUUUUGGCUUUGAUGUUUUUUCUGGAAGUUUUGGUGCCAAAGUUCACAAAGAAAAGGAGUCCAAGUCAUCACAAUGUGUACAAACUAAAUAUAAUCAAGAUUCACUAAGGAUCAUGCCUAAUUCCUUUGGUCUGCCCUUAUCUCAGAGAUUUGCUUUCCAACUUGUAAAUCUGUUUGGAUCUCCUGGAGUGCCAAUAGAAUCUUUGUUGCUUGAUGACUAUGUAGUUAGCCUAGACUGGAAAACAUUAAAGAUGAUCUAUUUGCAGUGGAAGACAUCAGUAGAGGAACGACAGAAGAAGAUUAGAAAGAAAAAUGAAAAUUCCUUGAUUGUUGAUGUGACUAGCCUUCAUGAUAAUGAGAAACCUGAUCAUCAAGAGAGUCAAGGAUAUUUUAAAAUACUUUCAGAAACAAACCUUUCUAAAGCUGAUGAUAUAAAGGAUAAUUUCCAAGCCAAUACAACACUGAUUUUGGAUACCAUACCCAGUCAUUCUUGAAGAAUUAUUUGAAUAAAAUGCCACAUCAAAGAGAAAGCUUCAUUAGACACUUCUUCAGAGCUGAGACCAUUUCUGGAUUUUCUGUUCCUCAUUUUCAUUUGGCUAAAGUUAAUCUAACUGAAGACUGUAUUCUUCAUUAGUAAUGCUUUAUAAAUGGCUUUGCUCAUUUCCUUCCAUUUGAGAAAGGAAAAAAAAAAGCCACAGGACUGUUUCUAGCUUAAAUAGGAAGCAGGUUAUUUGAGGAAGUACCCAAUUUCUGAUAGACUGCAAGCUUAAUAAUAACCAGCAGUGCAAUAUUACAACCUAAAAAAGCAAAUUGAUCUUAGAUUUCAUUAACAGUGGCAGUUCCCUUGGCCAAACAUAUUUCUGAGGAAUGCUGUAUUCAGUUCUGGGUCCAUAUUUUAUGAAGGACAUUAAUAAGAAUUUGGAAAGCAUAAGCAAAAUUGUGACCAGGAUGGUCAGGGGCUUCAAAAUCAUGCCACCUUCAUAUUUUCUCUCUCUGGAUUUUGAUCCUUAUUCCAGUUGGUAGAGCUAUUUUUGGCAGCAGCAUGAUUCAUCUGACAUAUCAGCCAUCUUCCUCCAAUUCAGUGUUUGCUACAGAUUUCAUAAGCAUGCAGCCUUUGUCUUCAUAUUAGUCACUAAAAAAUGUUGUUAGAAUAGGGCUGAACUGAGCCUUGACAUUGAUUGCUCUUUUGGUCCUCUCAUUAAAGCAGUUAUGAAUCCAUUCAAUCCAUCCAAUUACAUGAUAAUCCUGCACACAUCUUUCCAUUUGUUAACAAAAAUAUGUGGGCUUUUAUCAAAUGCUUCACUACAAAUAAGUUAAUCUAUGUAUAUGCUAUUCUUUGAUCUUUCAGUCUGGUAACUCAAUUUUGGGAAGAAAUGAAGUGAUAGAUGCCCUAUUCAAACAAUGUUUAGAGGAUUCAAUUGAGGUGCUAUAUUUUAGAAAGAAUAUUUACAAGUUGGAGAUAGCAUGGCAUAGUGGACAAAUUACCUGAUCUCAAAGCCAGGAAGACCUAGAUUCAAGUUUCACUUCGAAUACUAUUGACUUUGUGGCCCUGAGAAAAUUACUUAAUGUCUCAGAAAUCUGGACAACUUUCCAAGAUUAUAAAUUACAGAAAUUUCCCUUUACCAACAGACAUUCAACAAAGUUUAGAUGACUCCUUUUUGGAAAUGUUACAGAGAGAAUGAUAUUGUCAGAACUAGAUGGCUCUAAUGUCCCUUUUAACUCUAAAAUUCUAUGAUAUUGAGUGAAUCUGGCAUUUUUUUCUUAGUGAACCCAUUCAGCAUGUUUAAUGAUUAGCAUGUCUAUUUCCAAAUGUUCACAAAUCUGUUUAAUAAUCUGUUCAGGAAUUUUGAUGGCAUUGGGCAUUAAAUUCUAGAUAUAUAAUUUGAAGAACUUAUUUGUCUCCAUUCUUGGAAAUCAGGAUCACAUUUGUCCAUUUCUAACCAUAGAGGACCUAAUUUUUCAAAGCUCACUGACAACAGUUCAGCAAUCUUAUCUAAAAUUUUUUUAAGACAUCAGUAUCAGUUUCUUUGAUCUUUAAGACAAUGGGAUAGGAUUAAAUGAUUCCCUAAGGUCCUUCAGCCCUCAAUUCUAUGUACCAGGUAUCAGAUUUAGCCCUCACUCCACCAUUUUCUAGUCACAUGAUUUUAAGAUAGGUCACCUCUCUGGAUCUCAGUUUUUUUUAUCUGUAACAGAUAUGUGCCCUGUCUGCUUCAUCAACAAUGAAGAUUCAAAUGAUUAUCAAUCAAAUGAGAUUAUAUAUGUGAAAGUACUUUUUCUAUUAUUAUUAACAUCUGU